UACAGCGUAGCUCCACGAGCUCCUGGCUGGUAGCGUGGAGUUGAAACCAGAGAGGAGGUCGCUGUAGUAGUUCUUUUAAAAGAAAAAGUUACAGAAACUCGUUGGAGAAAGAAUAGAGUGUGAGUGGUUUACAUGGUGACAAACUACAAACUCAGAGGUAAUUAUUUGUUCAUAUGAAACAGUCAACUAGAGUGAAAAACAACAACGUUUAGUUCGGGCUCGCUGACUUCUGCAUGGUCGGUCGCUAGCUAGCUAGGACUUAGCUCCAAGAGCUACUUGGCUAGCUGGCUAGCGAGGUCCAGCCCAGAAGUUGUUUACCUCAACUUGUGGAUGUGGUCGCCCCUUGAGCUUUUCACGACUUUUCUUGGGGAUAAGAGAGCAAGGACCAACAAUUCACACUGGAUUUAACACUGUGCGCUGUUAGGAAACUAGCAGGAUGUCCACAGAGGUUGAGUGUGCUCAGGUUGACUCGGGUUUGACAGCGGCCAGCCCGAGCGGAGUGGUGGAGAAGAACCAAAACACGUCCCAGGGUGCUCGCCUGGACAAAGGACAAGAUCAGGGGCAGAAAGUCUUGGAAAAACAACUAGUGGACAGCCACGACUCCGAGGCUCCCAAGAGCCCAGCGGAUAUAGAAAAGGAAAGCAAAGAAAACUGUAAAGAAAACGACCAAAGUAGUAACGCUGACUCGGCUGUUGAGACGGUGAAGAAGAAAGUUGUUGAAGCGCCUCCGCCGAAAGUCAACCCGUGGACUAAAAGGACCACGGGCAGAGUGCCGGUCAGCAAUACCAACUCUAGCUCCCAAGACAAAGAUCAGCAAAAUGCUCCGAAAGUCGUCCGCGCCACCAAGCCCAGAACGAGAAAAUCCAGCAAGUCAAGUGACUUCAGUGACAUCACAAACUGGCCUACACCUGGAGAACUGGCCAAAGAGCAACAACAAAAUGUCCUCAACAACAAUGGAAAGAAGCCUCCCUCUUUGCGCAGAGAUAAGGAGAAGAAAAGAGAGCGACCAGAGAGAAAAUCUGAGAGCAGCCAUGAUGGAGGUGAGAGCAAAGAGAACCAGGAGGCUCAGGUGGAGCCGAUGGGAGAGCUGACCAAAGAUGAAGAGUCAAAAGCAGGACAGGACGCCAAGAGUGCCAACCUGAGGAAGAGAGGAGGUAACAAACGUAAGUGGGUCUCUCUGCCGCUGGAGGAAGUGUCCCGGGAUGAUGAUGCCAAGACGGCCGGCAGGGACCCAGCACGCUCAGACACAGAGCCCAUCGAUGACUCGUCUGACCUCACGUCGCCUAAUCAAACGCUCCAUAAUAACAGGGCGCAUGAUAGCACCAGGAGUUGGCGAAGAGAGCCGCGGGACUUUGGCGAUGAUGCUACAAGCAUCCGGAGCGACGGUGGGAGUGUUCGUGGAGGAAUACGAGGAAGAGGGAAGGGACGUGGACGCGGAAGAGGUCGUGGGCGAGGGCGAUAUGAAUACCCUCUAAACUUUGGAGACUCUCAGUCAUCUGAUGGCUCUGCUCAGGCCCCUGCAGAGUUUGGCACCAACAUGGUUUACUACUACAGUGAUGGCAACAAACUCCAGAUGUACACGGUGGAUGAAAAGCUUCUUAAGGAAUACAUCAAACGGCAAAUUGAGUACUACUUUAGCCUCCACAAUCUGGAGCGAGACUUCUUCCUGAGGAGAAAAAUGGACGCGCAGGGUUUCCUCCCCAUCUCCCUCAUCGCCAGCUUCCACAGAGUGCAGGCCCUCACCACUGACGUCAGCCUCAUCAUUGAGGCUCUGAAGAGCAGCACAGAGGUGGAGCUGGUCGAUGAAAGGAUCCGCUGUAAAACAGACCCUGAGCGUUGGCCGAUUCCCACCCCUACCAACGUUGGUUCCCCUCGCACCGACUUCUCCCAGCUCAUUAACUGUCCUGAGUUUGUUCCUCGACAGACCCUCAAUGCCACAAACUCCGCUUCAUCACCUGUGAAGGCGACUCCUCCUGAUCCCGUGCAGCCUCAGGACUCUGCUGACCCUGGCUUCUCCAGCCAGGAAUCUCUACCGGCCACAGAUGACUCCAAAGAUGCCCUCGCCCCCAAGCCCGACCCUGACGCCUGGAUCCAGGUUGAGAAACGUCAUAGGCAGCCCUCUGCAAAAGCAAAGGGGGAUAGUAAAACGCCUCCUCCCAGCCAGCAGCCUCCUCCACUGGCAGAGCCCGACCAGGAGGAGCUGGACUUCAUGUUUGAUGAGGAAAUGGAGCAGAUGGCGGCCAGGAAGAACAAGUUCACAGACUGUUUAGAUGAGGACGACUCGGACUAUGAGCUGGAUGACCAGGAUGUGAACAAGAUCCUCAUCGUCACCCAGACUCCACCCUACCUCCGUAAGCAUCCCAGUGGGGAUCGGACAGGUAACCACGAGUCCCGAGCUAAGAUUACUGCCGACCUGGCCAAAGCCAUCAACGACGGGCUGUACUACUACGAACAGGACCUGUGGAAGGGGGAGGAGCCAAUCGAGUGCAUCAAGCAGGAAGUGGAGAACUUCAAGAAGCUGAACGUCAUCAGUAAAGAUGAGUUCGACACUCUCACCCCCAAAGCCCCCAUUGACUCAAACCAGGAAGUCCCAUCUCUUCCCAUGCCAGCAGACAGUGGAGCAGAGUUGGCUCGUUCUGUGCCCACAAUGGUCCCACAGUCGCCCAGAGCUCACCAACCCCGGACCCCCAGAACCCCUCGCACCCCUGGACGCCAGGACCCCAACAAGACACCACGUUUCUACCCCGUGAUGAAGGAGACUGGCGCCAUCGAUGGACAGACGCCCAGGAAGAAGAAGACGAGCCACAGUUCGAACCCUCCCCAGGAGGCUCACAUAGGCUGGGUGAUGGACUCUCGCGAACACCGACCGCGCUCUGCGUCCAUCAGCAGCUCCAACGCCUCUCCAUCAGAAGGAGCCCCGCUAUCAGGAAGUUACGGCUGUACCCCUCAGUCAUUGCCCAAAUUUUGGCAUCCAUCGCAUGAGCUGCUGAGGGACAAUGGCUUCACUCAACAGGGAUACCACAAGUACCGCCGACGGUGCCUUAAUGAGCGAAAACGGUUGGGGAUCGGCCAAUCUCAGGAGAUGAACACUCUGUUCAGGUUCUGGUCCUUCUUCCUCAGGGACAACUUCAACAGGAAGAUGUAUGAGGAGUUCAAACAGUAUGCUGUAGAAGAUGCCAAAGACAACUACAGGUACGGAUUGGAGUGUCUGUUCAGAUACUACAGCUACGGUUUGGAGAAGAGAUUCAGAUUAGAUCUGUUCAAAGACUUUCAAGAAGAGACCCUCAGAGACUUUGAGAAAGGUCAGCUGUAUGGACUGGAGAAGUUCUGGGCCUUUUUGAAAUAUUCAAAGAUAAAGAACCAGCCUAUUGAUCUGAAGCUGCAGGAACACCUCUCGCAGUUCAAGAACUUGGAGGACUUCAGGGUGGUGCCCCCGAUAGGAGACGAUGGCAGCAGGAGGAGGCGUACCUCGUCCUCGGCUGGGGAUGAAGGGAGGCGUCGGAGACAUCCUUCCAACACUACCUCAAAGCCCGCGCAGGCCUCCAAAUCCUCCAGCACUUCAGCUGAGUCUGCCUCAGCCUCCGCCGCUGCACAGACCACACCCAAAGACAAAGCCCAGAAAGCAGCAGCGACAACAUCUGCACAGAGCAAGAAGACAGAAGCCAGAGCUGGGAAGAAGGAAAGUGGUGCACCAAAUAAAUGAAGCUCUCCUCCUGUAAACGUGGGUUUGAAAAGAAGCAAAGUGAGGCGGCUGCAGCUCUCGGCUCAGCGCUCAUUCAUUUCAGAGGCAAACUGCUUGGGUGUGAAGAGAGACUGAGCGUGGUUGAUCCAAUUUGAUUGUUUUUAUCAGUGCAUUUCAUUUAAAAGCAUAGGCAGCGAGCUUGAAUGUGUUCACCUGACAGCUCAUAACGUUUACAAAAAUAAAUGCAUUCCCUGCAUUUUGCCUUUUCAGAUGCCAAACUCUUCAACAAAUACUUUGAUUUCUACAAUAUGUAAACCGCGCUGGUCUAUAUAGGGCUGUUGAACUGUGAUUCUAGUUUGCCAAGAUGACACACACUGCACACAGUGUGUGACUAAUCGGAUACAGCAGGAUGUCGGAAGCUUUCUCAUUCAUUAAAAUAGACCGCGUUCUGCUUUUUUAAAAAGUCUUCCUAAUUGAUGAUUUGGGAUUCAGAUGUGUUUAAAAUUAAACACUUGCAGGUU